AAAAGACAAGCGGGCAGAGCACUUAAGAAGUGCUACCCCAAACUCGUAUAAAAUCAGUUAACUGCCGGCAUUGGAGCAAGCCACUCACUGGUUAGCUAUACAUAUUAUAUACACUAUAUAAUUUUUUUUGUGAUAAAUCCGGAGCCUUUCUGGUCGUGAAAUCUAAGAGAAACCGAAAUAAAAAUACAAAUAAAAACCGGAGAGAUGUCGAUGCACCAACUGUUGCUCUAUUCGCUUUGCCUGUGGGCUGUCAUUGUGUUUUGUGCUCCGGCACCGACCGAAUCGCGUCGCGUGAUCUUCCUGAAACCGAAUGGGAUCCAUCGUGGACAGAUUUUGGCCACACACGGGAUGGAGAAGCCCUGCCCCAAGUGUCAUAUGCAUGAUCAUCGGGGUAAUUGUCGUCGCAUCAUUGCCUACAAUGCAGAUGGUGUGCACUGCUGAAUGUGAAUCGAAGUGAAUUUCCAUCACCAUCGAACGAAUCUCCAACUCUCUCAACACAAACAAAAACCCUAUUUAUUUAUGCUAUUUAUCUGCCUCGCAUGCCAUAAAAUGCCUAACAAUAAAAUACAAACAAAAAGCAAAUGGAAUGCAAUU